AGAUCGUUCGUUCACAUGGGAAUGUCCCGCUACACGCUGGGUGUUUAAUUGCGACGGUUAAGUCAGCCGAAGCGUCUUUGGCUAAUAACCCGCCCCUAUCUGUGUCAUUAGCGGCGCCUUUAAGAAUGUAGCUGGCCGCUGACAUUGACGAAAUUUCCUGGUGUACUGCUUGAGAGCUCACUAGAAAUCAACAAGCGGGACUAGUGGACAAGCUUUCCACAGAGGGCAAACCUUCAUCUUUGUAGUACCCAACGAAAUCAGUCCAGACUGUGAAAUAAGCAUCGCUUAUGAUUACCAAAUGGUCUGCGCGUUUGGAGAUUAAUGUUCGCUUUUGGCUGUGAAGAAGACGGAUCUUCGGAGGAUUUUUGUGGAAGCGGUCAGCAGGUGGAAGUAGGAGGCAAAUCGCGUGCACAAAGCAACCUCAGUGUUAAUGAAACUUUGCUACGAUUUACGCGCAGGGAAUGCUGUUCAUCAUGUUAAGAUAAAACAGAGGAACCCUGUGUUGAACAUGCUCAAGCGCUUGGACAAAAUCAGGUUCAGAGGUCAGAAGCGAGAUGAGUUCCUGGACCUGGCCGAGUCCCCCAACGCGUCCGACAACGAAUGUAGCGACGACGUCCUGAAGCCUCGCCCGUCGCUCCGGGAUGCGGACGACCCGAGAGACCCGGCUGGUCCAGGCGCUCUCAGCAUGGCUGCAAUCCAGGACUUCCAAAGGAGUGAGACGGACAGGCUGAACGAGGUCAAAGGUCAUCUGGAAAUUGCCUUACUGGAGAAACAUUUCUUGCAGGAAGAGUUGAGAAAACUUAGAGAAGAAACCAAUAUUGAAACCCUGAAACAGGAACUGGAAAGAGAGCGAUCAAAGAGACUGGACCUGGAGCAGAAGAUGAACGAGGUGCUCAAGACCAGACUGGAGGACUCGCCGCCCCAGCCUCCCCCGAGACAACAGUCGCCGACUGUGAACGGCGCGGAGAAGCGGCAGGAGACGCUGCGCUCCCGGAUGCAGAAGUGGCUCUACGACAAGUUCGGCGUCUACAUCGAGGAUUUCCGCUUCCAGCCGGAGGAGAACACGGUGGAGACGGAGGAGCCGCUGAGCGCGAAAAGAUUAACAGAAAACAUGAGACGGCUCAAGCGAGGUGCCAAACCCGUCACGAACUUCUUGAGGAACCUCUCGGCCUUAUCCAACUGGCACUCGGUGUACACGUCAGCGAUCGCCUUCAUAAUCUACAUGAAUGCUGCAUGGCAUGGCUGGGCCUUCCCCCUCUUCCUGUUCUUAGCCAUUCUGAGGUUGUCCUUGAAUUACCUCAUCGCCAGGGGCUGGAGGAUACAGUGGAGUAUUGUGCCUGAAGUUUCUGAACCUGUGGAACCACCAAAAGAAGACCUGACAGUAUCAGAAAAAUUCCAGUUAGUCCUUGAUGUUGCACAGAAAGCACAGAACCUGUUUGGUAAGAUGGCGGAUGUCUUGGAGAAAAUAAAAAACCUCUUCAUGUGGGUGCAGCCUGAGAUCACUCAGAAGCUGUACAUCGCUCUGUGGGUGGCCUUCAUCUCCUCCUGCGUCCUGCCCUACAAACUCGUGGGCUUCCUGAUCGGGCUGUACGCCGGGAUCAAGUUCUUCAUCAUCGACUUCCUGUUCAAGAGCUGUCCGAAGCUCCGGGACAAGUACGACACGCCCUACACCGUGUGGACCAGCCUGCCCACGGACCCGCAGCUGAAGGAGCGCUCCAACGCCACCGUGUCCAGACGGCUGUCUGGCUAUGAGAAGAUACAGCCUGUGGUGUCUCGCGGUAGCCUAGCAACCAACGUCCCGUGCGGCCUCAGCCGCGAGGAGGAGAGCGGCAGGUCUCACAGCACCAAGAAGGGCGCCUUCCACGAAGUCUUUAACCUGUCUGAGAACGAGCGCCCCCUGCCAGUGUGUGAGAAUGGAUGGAGAUGCUGCUUGAUUAACAGAGACCGGAAGAUGCCCACCGACUACAUCCGCAACGGCGUACUCUACGUCACUGAGAAUUACCUGUGUUUCGAGAGCUCCAGCUCCAGGUCCAGUUCCUCCAAGAAGAACAAAGUCAUCAAACUGGUUGACAUCACUGACAUUCAGAAGUACAAAGUCCUGUCCGUGUUACCAGGGUCUGGGAUGGGAAUCUCCAUAGCAACACCGUCCACACAGAAGCCCUUAGUGUUCGGCGCCAUGAUCCAUCGGGAUGAAGCAUUUGAAGCCAUCUUCACACAGUACAUGAAAAUAAUUACCACCAGCAACCCCGAGACCUAGCAGCAGGGGGCGCUCUCCCCUGACCCCCCCCCCCC